AUGGCUCCACCGUCAACCUCCCCGCCACCCAAUCUAACACCAGCUAACCACAUCCAAGAAUCGAUCAAAUGCUCAACGCCGCCGGUCAUAUACUCGCCGAUUGCUCAAAGCACGCCGCCGAUUUUUGCGGCUUCACCAUCGCCGCCGGUCAUAAGCUCGCCGACUGCUCAAAGAACAUCGCCGCCUCUUGCGGCUUCAACAUCUCCCACCAACAUCAAGCUCGCAGUAAAGAAUAAAAAUGUUUCAAGGCCGCUAGAAGUGGCCGUUCAAACCACUGUCAGCGAUUACACAGCCAUUAUCAACUCCAAUCAAUCAUCUUCCUCGGAUAAAUUACCCCACGCACCUUCGCCACAUUUAGCUCUCUUCCCGGAGCUCGGAGAUUACCCAGUGUUGGACGGGCAAGACAGAUAUCCGCUUCCCUCCGAGAGGUCCCCCACCGGAAUCUCUCCGGUCAGUCUUCGGUCAAAGGCGAAGCCCGAAAAUCUGGAUCUUGAUCAAGGACAUAGCCGACAGCUGUCAGACAUUUCAAAAUCAAAACCAAGCGCAAGUGGAUUGGGAAAGUCACCUUCAGCUGCGUCAUCAGAUGGGCCCGGGAGAAAUCAUAAAAAUCUCCCCAGUCCUCCAUUAAAAACCCACAGCCGCCGCAUCAAGCAUCUCUCUCGCGAGCGCCCGGGGAUUGGUGCGUGUAUUGUGCGUGUGCGAGCUUCAGCCGGCGAGAUCGUCAGCAGCAGCGAGUCGAUCACCGUCUCCAUCUCCUCGCAGUACCUGAGAGCCCUUCCCCAAACAGCCGCAAGCCUUGCUCAAACCCAUAAACCGAGGCCUUUUCCUUUGAUUUUAGACCCGAGAAAGAUUUACCAUGCUCAGACUCGUGCGUUUAAGCUGAAAAUUUUACUAACACUCAAGCUCGAGGUGGAAUCUACGGAUACCAUUCACAGUGUACAGAGGGAGAUUGAAUCCCUGGAACGGAUCCAUACGUGUGACCAAGCUUUGCUUUUCAAUUGUCGGCUGCUGAUUGAUGGUUGCAAAACCUUAGCGGACUAUGGAAUUGCAAAAGAUUGUACUAUAGAUUUGGUGCUGAGGCUCCCAUCAAGAUUUGUAUCAUCCAGUGAGUAUUGGGAACUGCUUAAGAAGGUGGAAAGUCUUGAAGAGAGGGUGAAGUUGGCGAGGCAGAGAGAAAGCCGUACGGCAAAGUUAUUAGAAGCAGAACGUGCUGCACACUCUCGCCUGCAAUCUAAAGUAGAUCUCAUGGCUCAGAUGUUCGAUGCCAUGCGUCGCCCUCAGUGACGCUUUCACUAUUCUCAACUUUGCAAUAUUAAUAACUUCUCUUUGUUUCGGUUUGUCUGAUUAUUAAUAUUACAAAUUCAAAGUUUCUAUGGAUAUAUUGGAGCUUGUUGAUGGAUUAAUUGAUCUUUGUCCUUUCCUGCUAUUUGCAUUAGCCAUAUCGAAAUUCCAGUGUUUUCUUUACCAUGUGUGUAAGGUUUUGUGUAACCAAGUGUUUCAAAUUAAUUUUUAAGUUCCCUUGUAUUUUGUCAGAUUUUAGAGAUGAAUGUCCUCUGAUUUGUGUAACUUUCAUGUGUGCCAGCCGGUUCAAUGGUUCAUAUAUUCUGGCAUUUGUAAGAUUUGUGUAGAAUGUUGUGUUAAGCAUGUACAUUGUUUGUAAUGUCGUUGUACUCGAUUGAACUGGAUUGUUUGUGGAUAAUUCAUUGGGCAUAUGAUAUGAGAGAA